AUGAAAACUUUCUUGUGGAAUAAAUGCACUGCCAACAUAGAAGAAAUCAAGAAGCUGAAAAGAGAACAGGAAAAGAAACCGAAGAGUCUUAGUCCUCAGAAGCCGCAGGAACCACCAGUUGAUAAGGAAGCACCCCCUCCUUCUACCAAUCCCAGCGUGCAUUCCCCGCAAGGCGAUGGUAAUAGAAUCGUUACGAAAGAAGAAUGUUACCUUGCCAAGAUGAUCCAUCAGAUUCAAGGAAACGCCAGGGCCCUUCGAAAGAGCAUCACCACACCAAUAGUCAUACAGCAGCUCAACACGUUUGAGCAGUUCAUGGCACUCGCUCGGCAGAAUCUGAGCUCCGAUCCUUCCCUCAGUGGAUGGUUUUCUAACACGUCAUUUCAUCCGGGUUACCUUCAACGGUGGCUGGAGCAAAAAACAAAGGAAGUUAAAAAUUUCGAAAAUCUCCAGAGGAUAUUCCUUCACUCUGGUGUGGAAAUUCGGAAUGUCUCUAUGCCGUAUCAGAAAAUCGGCAUGACGGAAAUAUGCUUCUUUUACAAAGGCAUCACUCUCGCAGACCCUUUCCUUGAUAGUCUGAAGAACUGCUUGACUGGAUAUCAACAGGCAAUUCUUCCUGCACCAGCCACUUCAGUGUACUGCCGUGAAGAUCAAAUUCAACUCAUGCUAGAGAUUCAACGCCUCUUUCUUCAUUACCAGAAGGCGAAUGGAUCCAUGAAUGUGAAGUUCGUAGCAGCAGAAGCGGCUCAGCUCCAACAACCUUAUAUGAUCAUGCUCUCACAAGGAAGAGGAGAAAUUCCCCCUCAAGUCUUCAUCCCUCCAGCAGAACCGUCAAAUGUCCGAGUUCAGCUUUCGCUGGAUAGACAAGGCAUCGAAGUGCAGUGGAAUAAACCGACCAUCGGAUGCGAUUACAUCGACAAGUUUCUUGUAUGGGUCAAAGGCUGGAGCGACCCGACAGGACAGUGGAAGAUUGGCACAUCUGUGGCAUCACCACCUGCAAUAAUACUAGGCCUUUUUCCGGGAGACAGAUAUCUUUUUGCGGUAACUGCUUCCAGCCGUCUCGGUGUUGGGCCACCUAGUCGGACAAUCAGCUGUGACAUCCCAAUCAUUUCAGGAAUAAAUGAGACGUCAAAGGAGUUGUCGCUGGCUCAAAAGAUGAAGAAGUGGAAGUUAUCUGGCAGGAUCAUUCAGGUCCCACGGAAGGAAGUGAUGAAAGAUAAAAAACGUCGAUUGGCCAAGUUUGAAAUAGGCAACAGGACGUUGGGUAGUGGACCGACGAAAGUACUUCUAGUCGUUGGAGCCAUGGGUGCAGGAAAGAGUACGCUCAUCGACGGGAUCAUCAAUUACGUGUACGGAGUGAAAUGGGAGGACGAUUUCCGUUUCAAAAUGAUAAAAGAUGACGGUAGUGGUCUGAAUAUAUCCCAAUCCCAUAGUCAGACCAAAUGGAUCACCGCAUAUAUCCUUCACAAGGAAGAAGGAUUCGCUCUUCCGUAUACUUUAAAAAUCAUCGAUACUCCAGGGUUUGGAGAUACUGCAGGAAUAGAGGCGGAUCAAGAAUUGAUGAAUCAGAUCAGGAUAUUCUUCUUAAGUAAAGGGAAUAUCGGUAUAGAUCAACUUGACGGAAUCUGCUUUGUCGUUCAAUCCGCCUUGGUACGACUGACAUCCACACAACAGUACAUCUUCGAUUCCAUAUUGUCCGUGUUUGGAAAAGACGUCAAAAACAGUUUCUACGUCCUCGCCACAUUUUCGGACAAUAAAACUCCACCUGUCCUGCAGGCCAUCAAGACUGCCAAAAUUCCCUACAAGGAGUACUUCAGGUUUAACAAUUCCGCUCUCUUUAUAGACACUGAAGAAGAAGAUGGCGAACUUGGCACGACGUACUGGGAAAUGGGUGUCUCAAGUUACAAAAAAUUCUUUAAAGUUUUAGAAAAAAGUACACCUGUGAGCCUAACAUUGACGGGGAAAGUGCUAAAAGAAAGAAAACGCUUAGAGACAGCCCUUCAAGGAAUCCAACCGCAAAUCAUUGCAGGUUUGGGAAGACUUAAAAAUCUGAGGCAAGAACAUGCAGCCUUGAGACAGCAUAAGGCAGAUCUUGAAGCCAAUAAUAACUUUUCAUACAAAGUCAAGAUUCAGAAACAGUUGAAGGUAAACCUAGCUGUUGGCGAAUAUGUCACAAAUUGCCUGAAAUGUAAUUCUACCUGCCACUAUCCUUGCACUGUGCCAAAUGACGAACGUAAAGGCGACUGCGACGUAGUGGACUUUCAGACCGGUAAGUGCAUGGUCUGUCCCCUGAAUUGCCACUGGAAGGAACACUUCAAUAAUACGUACCGAUUCGAUAUUACGGAGGAAGAGGUGACAAAGACCUCAGAUGACUUGAAAGAAAAGUAUACGCGAGCAACAGGGAAAAGGCAAAGUGCCCAGGGGAUCGUGAAGCAGCUCAUCAACGAAUUCAACCAAGAAAGAGCGAAAGUUCUAGAAUUAACCAACAAAGCACACCGUUGUUUGCAGAGACUCGACGAAAUAGCCUUGAAACCGGAUCAAUUGGGAGUUACUGAAUACAUAGACUUAUUGAUAGAGGCUGAGAGUCGAAAUGCCUCUCCUGGCUUCUCCCAGAGCAUUAAAUACCUGCAAGAUACCCGAGGCAAGGCGGAAUUAGCCGCGAAGCUUAAGGGUGAAUUCGACCCUUUCCACGAAUACAUGAGGGAAUUUGAGAAAGAGGGUUUCAACAUAUCCAUAUUUGACCCUGAUCCCGAUGUCAACGACGUUUCUGAGCCGCUAGCCACAUCCCCAGAACAUGGACGUCCAUAGAGCGUCCAUAGAGAUGGAGUGGGAGACUGUGGAGUUGACGAACCAGAUUUGAGAAGACGUUCGGUCUGGGGAGUCUUGCCUGAAUGAGUCGUCACAGAGAGAAUAUAGCUAUGGACUGGCUACAUAUGUUUUGCACCCCUAAUAAAUGAUGAUUCCCAUGAUAUUCCACAAUGGAAGUUGCUUCCCAUUCGUCGCAAUAACGUCGUGUUAUUAUUAAGAGAGGAUUGAUUUUCAGCGUAUAAAUUUUACCAUAACAGGGCUGUAUAUGGUGGUAAACAAGCUGUGGCAAUGUCGAAAUGAGCCAAAAUUGCAAAAUUGAAAACGCGCUCAUAUGUCACGUGUUGCAUUGUCAAUGUAUAGGCCUCAUCUCCUCAUUUCCUGAGAUUGAUAGAUUAUAGUUUGAAAGUAUUCUAGUGAUUACUAUCAUCAUGUAUUUGAUUUCCUCUUACUAUUUCUACAUUUAUUCCGUGAGUAAGGAAUAUGCACAAUUCAAAAUUUGAUUGCUGACAACAGAAUUUCCACUCUUUACAAUUCGUCACUCAGAGGGCAUACUUGCAUUGACUUCUUAUUUUUCUAAGCUGAUUUUGAAGUGACUCCAUGAGGUCCAUGCCCAUCUGGUUUGCC